AAUUGCUCAAAAGGCAAUAUAGAUAGCCAAGCUUACAAAAAGCACAGGCCAGAACAACAAAUUCGAUCACUUGAAGCUUUCUCCACAAGAUCCUUGCGAACAAUGUCCAGUUCUAAGGGACUUAGUAGCUCUGUGCCUCCCCAAGGUGGCUCUGGAGCAUCCAAAAGGCACGCGGACAUUCAUCAUGAAGUGACAAACCUUCCAGGAUCGAAAGGUUUUACACCUUCUCGGAACAACAACCAGCAGCCCUACAAUGGUCAAGGUGCUCACAGCCUCACGUACGGGUUCAAAACAUUUGCCACAAAAGCAAGGGCAUGUCCAAAUUGGUCGUAUAAGCCAUGAACCAAAAUGAGCAGGGAUUAUCAAUACUAAUUCGUUGUUCAAACCUCUGUGAAAAUUACAAUGUACAUAUAUAUAUGUAUAUAGGGAAAGGAUUAUUGUAAAUAGCCGUCCACCUCCCCGCAAAAAAAAAAAAAAAAAAAAAAGCUGUCCACCUAGGCCAUAAUAUCCACAUCCAUGGGAAGGAAAAAAAUAAUUGUAACAUUUUAUUUGUUGAAAUUUGUUGUAUACUCCUUAAAAUGGGGAGUUUAUAUAUCUUCAAAAGUAAUGUACAACACAUAUUGUUCAAUGUAAAUCCUCACAGCGUUGUUGUUUUUUU